GCUUUAGUACUAGUACUAAGUAGUAGUAGGCUAGUAGGGCUAUGCUCAUAUCUUCUUGUGCUCCCGGAACAUUCACCGGCUUUGUGCGCCCACCUGUACUAUUAAUUCGCUAGACAGCACACAUUGCUGGUUACUUUUCUGAAGUUCUUUCGAUUUACAUCUCGUCCUCCAAAAGAAUCAGCAACUACAUUUGCGCCAUGACCCAGGUCAUGUUAACAUACAGUUCCGCUAUCAGGAUUGUGGCUUCGGUGAUGACUGGUUUUGGUAUAUCAUCUAUAGUUUUCUUGAUUUUGACUGCGCAAGUUUGGAUCUAUUUCCGGAGACAUACAAUUCGAUCUGUGGAGAACAGGCAGUGUAAAGCUCUCGUUGCCUUCAUCUGGCUAAUCCAAGCCGUUCAAAUGGCAAUUGCUACUUGGUUAUCGUUCGCUCAUACGUUAAAGUUCAAUGAUACACUUGGCCAUAUGUUGAUAAACUGGGCGCUUUACAGCGGAAUAUGUUGUUUGACCACGUCUGUUGUGCAUGGUGUUCUCAUAUCCAGGGUUUUCAGACUUGAGAAGAUUUUCUAUGGCAAACGGAGAAUAACAUUCGUCCUGAUUGCAUUUUGUGUCAUGGAGCAAGUUUUUGGUGUUCUUGGUGCAAUCUACGCCUCUCAACUAAGCCAUCACAACUUGAAUUUCAUGGUCAAUUGGUCUACUUUGAUCUCGCUUGGUUGUUCAGCAAUCAAUGAUGUUCUUAUCGCUGGAACUACGGCUUAUAUUCUCCACAAACACAGGACUGAAUCGCCAAGAACCAACCGAAUGAUCACAAGACUUAUCAUAUUCUGCUCGCAAACGGGUUUGAUUACAACUGUGGUGGCAUCCAUCACUAUGGGAAUUUGGGCAGCUUUCCGUUUCGAUGUGUAUCAUCUACAUAUGUGUUUUCCUACUGGAUGCUUGUAUGCUACAUGUCUUCUCGCCAACUUAAUCGCUCGGGAAUCCUACCUGCAGCCACAAACAGUCCACGAAACCGAGAUUUCCGAAAUCAGUUUUGCACGCGUCACACAGGUGAUUCAUGUGGGCUUGCCAGACAAUAAAUCGGGGCUGCAGAAAAUAUCGGUAAUGCAAGAAGGAACAGAUUCCUCAAAAGCGUCCUCCUGUUCAGUCGAGCCACUAUAAUCCUUUGGACAUAAUGCCAUCGUCUCGGUGUUGUCGCAAUUGCCUAGAGUCAAGUGUUAAGUUGUUAUCAUACCCAUGGUCAGACCAUUAGAAAGAAUUCAUUCUUCACAAUGCCUCCGUCCUUCUAGACUACUAUGAGACAUAUUUUCGUUUGAAUGUCGAUCUACAUAAAUCCCGUGUUCCUCACUGAA